AUGCAAUCGGUUAUAGGCAAACUCCAACUUGACUUUGCCAUGAAGGACCUUGGCUCCCUUUCCUACUUCCUUGGCAUUCAAACCACCCGGGACUCCACUGGCAUACACCUUCGGCAAUCCAAAUACAUUCAGGAUCAUUUCCACCGUACUGGCAUGAUUGACUCCAAGCCAUACCGCAGCCCCUGCCUUUCUGGUUCCAAGAUGUCCAAGAAUGAUGGUGACCUCCUUCCCAACCCUUCUGAAUAUCGACAACUCGUUGGGGCCCUCCAAUAUACCACUCUCACGCGCCAGGACAUUGCCUAUUCAGUGAAUCAACUCUGCCAGCACAUGCAAGCUCCCACCUCCGUGCACUGGACAGCAGCUAAAAGAGUUAUUCGUUACCUCAAAGGCACCCUCGAUUUUGGCCUCCAUUAUACCAAAGGCUCAUUCACCCUCCACGGCUUCUGUGACUCCGAUUGGGCUGGCAACCCUGACGAUUGCCACUCCACCACUGGCUAUGACAUCUUUUUUGGUUCCAACCUCAUCUCCUGGUCCGCUAAGAAACAAAUUGUUGUCUCCAGAUCCAGCACCGAAGCCGAGUACCGUGCCAUGGCUAUCACUACUACUCACCUCUACUGGCUCCGCAUGCUCUUCAAAGAAUUAUAA